UCCUACUCCAGGAGCAUGCGCAGUGGGCUCAGAGCCUCGGUACUUCCGUGUUGUUCGGUGUGUCAGCAACGGAUCACAGUCGGAGAGAAAAACAAAGAAGAAGACGAGGGGAUGAAGAACAAAGUCAGCAGCACUCAAGUGAGUGUGAAGAAGAGAUCGUGGUCCUGGCAGCAGUACCUGAACGAGCAGAAAGCUGAAGCUGCUCCGCCCACUCUGUUUACACAGUCCCAGUCCUUUCCCAGUAGGAGAACUGGUUUCAGGCUUGGGAUGAAGCUGGAGGGCGUCGACCCGCUGCAUCCUUCUAUGUUCUGUGUGCUGACGGUUGCCGAGGUGAUUGGCUGCCGGCUGCGUCUCCAUAUCGAUGGCUACUCGGAGUGCUAUGACUUCUGGGUAAACGCUGACUCAGCUGACAUCCGGCCAGCAGGCUGGUGUAAAGAACACGGAAACAAGCUCCACCCACCUAGAGGUCACAGUGAGACAGACUUCGACUGGCAGCGUUAUCUUCAGUCCACAGGCUCUCAUGCUGCUCCGCCCACCCUGUUCACCUGUCUCACUGCAGGCUGUGGGUUCCGUGUGGGGAUGAAGCUGGAGGCGGUUGACAGGAAGAACCCAGGACUCGUCUGCGUCGCUUCUGUUGCUGAUGUCAUUGAUGACCACUUCCUGGUUCACUUCGACAACUGGGACGACACGUACGACUACUGGUGUGACAGCAGCAGUCCUUACAUCCAUCCUGUGGGCUGGUGUGAAGAGCAGGGACGACCACUGACCGCCCCUCAGGGUCACCCUAACCCAGAGGGCUUUGUGUGGGAGGAGUACCUGCAGGAGACUGGUUCCACUGCUGCUCCCAGUUCAGCCUUCACACUGAGAGAUCCACACGGUUUCCAGGUGAACCACAGGCUGGAGGCGGUGGAUAGGAGGAACCCCAUGUUGAUCCGUGUCGCCACGGUUGCCGACACAGAAGACUACAGGGUGAAGGUGCAUUAUGACGGCUGGUCCACCCAGUUUGACGUCUGGUGUGACAGCGACCUCCCCGACCUGCAUCCUGUAGGAUGGUGUCAACGCUCAGGACACCCGCUGGAACCGCCCCCAGGUUCGUCCCCUCUGUCCUCUCCGUCUCAGGGAGUCUGUCCCACUGCAGGCUGCAGAGGAGUCGGACACAUCAAAGGAGCCAAAUACACCGGACACCACAGUGCCUUCGGCUGCCCAUAUUCGGACAUUAACAUGCGCAAGGAGGUGGUGCUUCCUGAUAGGCUGGGAGGAGAACGAGUCGUCACCCUCGUACCUGUCGUCAUGCAUUACCACGGCAACCAGUCAGACAGGCAACCACGAAGACAUGUUGAGGUGAAGAUGGAGCCCCGAGACAAGACGCUGCUGUUUCCUCUGGGAAAGAGAAGAAGACUCACCGACAGACUGUCAGAGCCAACCAAAUUCCUGUGUGUGAAGCAGGAGGAAGAGGAGCUUCCUGUCAGAGCUCUGGGCCCAGCAGAGCCCAGUCUGCAGGCCGCCCUCCACCAGUCUGUCUUCCUGUCGGCCCUGUCUGCCCAGCCUGGCAGGGACCUGUCUCUCUGCUGGGAGCAGCACCGUAAGCUGCUGCCAGCCGUCGCAGGAGUCCACGCCCACAGCGUGCAGCACUGGAGUGUCCAACAGGUGUCAGAUUUCAUCGAAUCUCUCCCCGGCUGUGAGGAACAGGCCAAACAGUUCAGAGACGAGCAAAUCGAUGGGCGGUCCUUCCUUCUGCUCACCCAACGCGACAUCGUUAGGAUCAUGUCCAUCAAACUUGGUCCCGCCCUCAAGAUCUACAACUCCAUCCUGAUGUUCAAACACGCCAAGGAUGGGAGCCAAUCACACGGCGAGGACGGGAGCCAAUCACACGGGAAGGACACCUGACACCUGCAACUAGUGACUAAGCACUAUAAGCCCCGCCCCCACACCAUUCGAACACCCGUCCUCCGUUUUCCAUCCAGUGACCAAUCAGAUUCAAAUUUGUGACAUCACAAACAUUCUCAGGUGUCGGUCAGGUGAUGUCACUUUAACGAGAAGUCUACUUAUUUACCUGUAACACCUGAGUUCCAUUUCAGGAUGUGCUUCUUCUGAGGGGGCGGAGCUUCAUCCAGGUGAGUCCUUCAGAGAACUGUGAUGAUGCACUCAGACUGAACAGGUGAGCCCACUGGAUGGGGGCGGAGCCUGAAGACAAUGACACGCUGGUGACACAUCAGUGUGAAGAGAGGCAGAAGAUGACAUCACACUGGCCCCGCCUCCUCAGCGAUGACUCAGGACUUUACAUUUUAGGCUCCUCGGCUGAUGACGGGUCAGUCUGUGGAAUCAGGAUAGGUGGGCGGAGCUUUAAUUCCAGAGUUUAUAUUUAUAGUUUGGUUCUAUUGUUCUCUACUGUGUCUCUAGAGUUCUAUUUUAAAGUUUAUACAGUAAUAGAGAUUGUAUUUCCUCUGUCCUGCUGCCUCCUCCCCCUCUGUGAUGUCACAGCAGGCUCAGGACCAGUGUUAAACAGCAGGGGGUGCUCUGUUGCACAUGCUCACUUUGUACUUCUAGUUUCUCAGGUUUCCACGGUAACAGCUGGUGUUCUAAUGUUUUCUAUUUCCCUUUCCUGUUUCUAUCACUGUUUGGUGACAUCAAUAAAGUGUCUGACCUGA